GAAAUACUGGCGGGUUUUUCAAUUGGGUUGUUACACAGGGGAGGCAUAGGGCUAAGUCGUCAGAUCUAUUUUAUAUGAAAGAAAUCAGAUCAAUACCCUAUAUUUGACCCUGGGUUAUCAUUUUUCUGUAAAAAUGAGUCCUCAACUUAUCAAAUUACUUUAUGUAUACAGAAGCAAUACAUCUUUAUAUAAAGGUGUUCAGUCUCAUUAUCGUCACUGAUACAUUGCCUCAACUCUUUUAUUACUCGCCUUGUUAGUCUUAUCCCGUUGUGCUAAUGUGGUAUGGUGAGUUGGAUAAACGCACGUUUGAGUUAGGAUCUAUGUUGAUUUUCACUAAACGACCGUAGAUGAAUGCAUAAAUUUAUCGAAACUUAAUCUUUGAUGUGGAUACAUUGUUUUUGCGUUAAGUGUAUAAAAUAACUUUUCUGACAUCAUUAUAUAACGGUGUCUUGAUUUUGGCAGAAAUUUGAGGAAGCCGCCAAAGAAGCUUGGGGAAAUUUUGGAGAAAUGGCACCGAAACCCCAAUAUUUCCCCAAAAUUUCCUUUUAACCUUGGUGACGGUCAUUUGGCUUCGGGGAUUUCCCCAAACGUUUCUCUAAACUUUGCUGAAGGUCGUUUGGCUUGGGAGGUUUCCCCAAACUUGGGAGAUUAGGGUCUACUGCUAAGACAGUAGUAUUGAUGUACAGAGAAUAGGUGAACGGUUUCGAACAGCAUUUAAAAGCGGCAAACUCCACUAAGAAAUAUUCGAAAAAAAGUUCCAUCCUAUUUUUCGAUUUCCUAAACAACUAUGUUCUAUUUAUUGGCUAAAUAUUUUUCUAGUAAAUUAAUAGUCGUUCGUAAAAUUCAAUGCUAUAAUCGUCGGGUCACGUGUUCAGAUUUUCUAAAUCUAUUUCGGUCUGGAUGUUUAGGAUAUAUCAGAGGGCAUCUAAAAUAUGCCUCUUAUCACCUUCGUUGUCAUUUGUUAAUUAGAUAAAUAGUUACAUUUAGCAUCUUAUAUCUCAAAAGACUAAAAUGUAUAGUGUUUUCUCAUUUAACACUGACUAAUUGCAAAUACUAGUGGUUUUUUUCACUUUGUAAUACUGUCGAUAUUCGGUUUUAUUUUACAUCUACUUUAUAUUUCAUUAGAUCCUUGAUCAUGGGUACUUUAGAUCCGUACCCCAGCUCAUCAACUAGUAACUCAAAAAAGUGUAUGAAUAAUCCUAUGAGAUUCUCAAUUAAUAAGGAUGUAAUAAAAAAAGCUGAGAAUCAAGAUGUAAAUUCAAUUCAACGUAUCGUCGCAUAUGAUCACUUAGAAUUUGAAACAAGUGUUAUUGAGCAAGCUAAAAAUACUUUCAAGAGAAAUAACAGCCUUCAGAUCAGUGCGACAAGAGAAAGACUUUCUACUCUAGACGAUGAUAUAAUGUCUGCUCAACAUGAACUGGAAAAAAUGGAACUAUCACUUGAUACACUGCUCGGUCAGGUGUCUAUUGAAGUGUCUAAUAGCAGUUUGGAAAAUAGGAAAAUACGUUCUUUAGAGUUGGAGAUAGAAACAAAGGCAAGAUCCACUCUCCGUAAAGUGUUUAUUGUUUUUGUAGAUGAAGCUUAUUGACACUUUAUUAUCUAGAAAAUCCGCUCUGUUGAGUAAACUGUCUUCUUUGGAGAAGGCCAACUUUAUUUCAGAUGGCAACGUUUCAAAACCAGAUGAAGAUUUGCUAAGUGUGAAUAUCGUGAAACCACUGUCCGCAGAUGACUUUAAUUCUCCUAUAAAACAUCUCAGUACAAAGUUAUAUAAAGUAAAACGUUGUGAAAACAAUGCUGUGGAACCGAAAAAGCUGUCUAAAUCUAAACAUAAUGAUGAUGCUGAUAUAAAUGCGUUUCAGGAACGAUUGAGACGUCAAAGACGUACUGAAUUAUUAGAGGAGCAAUUAGCUAGAGAACAUGAGGUACCUUCUAGUAAUCCUUCUGAUGAAAAACUAGAUGGUGGAUUUUGUGUCCCGGGUUCUGUUUGGUGUCGAUUAUUUGAUUAUCAACGAAAAGGUGUCAAAUGGUUAUGGGAUCUUCAUCAAAAGGGAUAUGGUGGUAUUAUUGGAGAUGAGAUGGGUCUGGGAAAAACCAUACAGAUUAUUGCCUUACUAGCUGGAUUGCAUUAUUCGAACAUAGAAGAUAGAUCGUAUCGUUUAUAUCUAUCUACUCGUAAUCUAACUUCGGAAUAUCAGCAAGAAUUUUUAGGAUUAGGUCCGACCUUAAUUGUUUGUCCAGCUACUGUAUUAAACCAGUGGAUGUCAGAACUUCAUUCAUGGUGGCCUCCGAUUCGUGUGGCCAUAUUGCAUUCGACUGGAUCCGGCUAUGGAAAGCCAAAUAAACUUAUACAAAUGAUAACUAAUAAUCCAGGAAGUGUUCUUCUAACCACGUAUUCAACUUUGGUGACUUAUCGUGAUAUGCUAACAUCUCGAAAUUGGUCGUAUGUUAUACUGGAUGAAGGGCAUAAAAUAAAAAAUCCAGAAGCUGAGGCUACAUUAGCUGUUAAACAUUUUUCCACUCCUCAUCGUUUGAUUCUUUCUGGUAGUCCAAUUCAAAAUAAUCUACGUGAAUUAUGGUCACUUUUUGAUUUUGUGUGUCCUGGACGAUUAGGACCUUUGCCAGAAUUUAUGCAACAAUUUUCUAUACCAAUUACUCAAGGAGGUUAUGCUACCGCUUCACCACUUCAGGUGGAAACAGCUUAUCAAUGUGCAUGUACUUUACAAGAUCUUUUAAAACCCUAUCUCAUUCGAAGACUUAAAGCUGAUGUACAAAUUCAACUGCCAGCUAAAUCAGAACAAGUUUUGUUUUGCCGACUGACUGAUUAUCAGCGAAAACUCUAUCGAGAAUACUUAGAGUCUCAAGUAUGUAAAGAUUUACUAAAUGGAAAAGGCAACAUUUUUCCUUCUUUAAUAUUAUUAAGAAAUUUAUGCAACCAUCCAGAUUUAGCUACAGGUGGUCCAAGAGAUAGUUGUUUUCUAAAUGAAGAGUUUGAGUCUGAUAAACAAGGUAUUGAAAAUGUAUGCUUAUCUUAUUCAUGGUCAAGAUUUGGUUGCCCACGUAGAUCUAGUAAAAUGUUAGUUGUUGCUUCACUUCUUAAAAACUGGUAUGAUCAAGGACAUAAAGUUCUACUGUUUUCACAAAGUCGUCGUAUGCUUACAUUACUUGAACGUUUAGUACAGUUGAUGAAGUUUUCUUAUCUUAGAAUGGAUGGAACAACUCCUGUUAGCCAACGUCAUGAACUCAUUCGACGUUUCAAUUAUCGUUCAACAUCGGAUAGUGAGAAAAUAGAUAGGACAUCAGAUCAGUUAGACAUAUUUCUAUUUUUAUUAACUACACGUGUUGGCGGUUUAGGUGUAAAUUUAACUUCAGCUAAUCGAGUACUUAUCUAUGACCCAGAUUGGAAUCCUACUACUGAUCUACAAGCUCGUGAAAGAGCAUGGCGUAUCGGACAAUCAAGAGAUGUUGUUAUUUAUCGUUUAUUAACAAGCGGUACUAUUGAAGAAAAAAUAUAUCAUAGACAAAUAUUCAAACAAUUUCUUACUAAUCGAAUUCUCAAAAAUCCACGUCAGCAGCGAUUUUUUAAAACAAACGACCUUCAAGAAUUAUUAACUUUUGAAGAUGAAUCAGAUAUACAAAUCCCAGAAACAGCUUUGUACUUGAAAUCGGAAGGUAUGGGUCAUACACUGACUAAUUCAUUAACCGAGAAUCGAUUUGAUAUACUUGCUAAAAAACUGAAAGAUAAUCCAUUGCAAAGCAAAUCAUCACACGUGAAUACAGAGAUUAUUAGUGGUAGUGAUGUUGAAGAUGAUGAUGAGAAGGAAGAGGAUGAAGGUGAAAAAGAAUCGAAGGUUUCUGUGGAUGACAAUUUUAUCAACACUUUGUUAAGUCCUGAUGCGAAAAAUAAGCGUACAGAACAACUUCGUCAACUUGCUAAAGAAAUAAGCCGUCGUAUAGCGGAAGAAUGUUCAAACAAAGAUAAUCCAGUUGAAUCGGUUACUAAGCAGUCUAAAGAAAUGACUUCAAACAAACAUAGUUUAAAUCGCAAACGUAAAUCUGAUACCAGAGGGAUACGGGUGGAUGGAAAAAGAAUCAAACUAGUAGCAAAACAGUGUAGAUAUGAUGUUGGUGAAGGCAUGGAUAUCUCUUUAUCUCGAAACCAACUUGCUGAAUCAGUCAAAGCGACAAGCAGUAAUGCUGAAAAUGAUAACUUUAUUCAAAGUGUCUUAGCCAGUUCUUGUUUCAGUAGCAAUUACUUAUCCAUUAAUAAACAAGACUACUCUACGGUUUCUUCCUUUAAGGAGAAGCGAUCAAUGGUAGAUCAAGAUACGCGUGAUGAAGCAAGUCGAGUUGCAAAAGAAGCUCUAAAAAAUAUUCAGAAAUUUCACAAAUCCAAUGAAAUGAAAUAUAAAGAGUCAUUUCAAAAAAAUAAAGAUGAUGUCGAAAAGGCAAAAAAUGAAAACUCUUCAAAAAUUAAAUGUACAGCUCAUCAAGAUUCCCAUUCACUUCCUUCCCGUAAAUCAUUAAAAUUCACACAAAAAGUGUCCGCAAGCAGCUCACCGAUAUUUCGUCAAAUAACUCAAAUAGUACAUCAUGAUAAAUUAUUGGAUGAAAUGACUAAUCCAAAUCACAUUGAUUCUUCAUUUGACCAAUUGGCCGUGAAUCGAUUAGCAAAUAAAGCUAUUAGUGCUUUAGAAGAAGAAGUCAAGCGUUGGCAGCAAUAUAAUAUCGGAUCUUUUUCUCAAACUACAGAAAUAACUCAACGUAGAUUAGUAUUUUAUCCUUUUGGUCAGGCUAAAAAUCGUUUCCUUUGGAAUAGAAAUGAAUUAACUAGUUGUGGUUAUAUUCAACUUUUACAAGCAUCAAGUGGUUUUGAAUGUUCAACUAAAAAAGCUUAUAAUGAAAAUUCAGCUAAUUUACAUGUUAGAUUUAGUUCAGAAUUACUUUUAAGUCUUAUACGUUCGCGUAAAAUCAUUCGUCAUAAUCAUUUACACAGUUCAUCUAGUACCGAAUCAGUUGAUCCUGUGUUAAAUCAUUCAAUGCAGCGUCUUUGUGCUGAACUUAUUCGAACACUUGCUAGUUCGAAUACUGUUACAAGUGAAUAUUUAGCAAUACAUUUUAAAUCUAUUCUGAAUGAGAACAAUGAUUGUGCUACAGUAAAUAUUCGAAAUAACGCUACUGUUGUAAAUAGAAGUAUUACACCCCGACAUUUUCGCUCUUUGCUUAAACAACUUGCAGUAAGACAUCGGUCAAAAUGUGAUCAAUCUCAACUGGAUUUACCUUCACGUGGUCGCUUGGAUGAUGUAUGGACUUUGCGUGAUAAAUUUCAGUCUAUUGCUAGUUAUCUCUUAGUAAACUUGGCAGUGGCAGAAAGGUUGGAUCAAUGAAUCAGCAUUGUAAUAUAUUGACACGAUAUGUUCAUUGCUACCUCAUACAUUUGUAUAGUUUAUUUUAAUACAGAAUCUAAUAUGCAA